ACACGCUCGGAACCUGAGUGAGGCAUGGAGUGACACUUUCGACCUGACCUAGGGACUCACACAUUCGGCAUUUAAUGUAGUUAUUUUAAAAAAUAUAUUUAAAAAAACAACAACAACAACAACGAGGAAUAAGUGUGUGAUUCGUGGUGGAGCUACUGCUGGGACGCAAACACUCGUCGGACAUUUAAACUCUCUCCUGGCGGCUCCCGGGUCUGCCUGACAAUGAUCCCCAUGACGUCUAUCAUUCGUAAAGUCUUAUUAGAAGGGACAGCGCGGAGAGUCAUUUGGGAGGACUAGACGCGAAGGAUCCACACCGGCGUGAAUCAUGCCCUUGCCCUUCGGCUUGAAGCUCAAGCGCACAAGAAGGUACACCGUUUCCAGCAAGAGCUGCCUGGUCACCCGCAUCCAGCAGCUCAAUGGCGAGUUUGUGGAGUUCACGCUGUCAGUGGAGAGCACGGGCCAGGAAUGUUUGGAGGCAGUCGCUCAGAGACUGGAGUUAAGAGAGAUAACGUUCUUCAGUCUGUGGUACCUGAACAAACAGAACCAGCAGAGGUGGAUCGACCUGGAGAAGCCGCUAAAGAAGCAGCUGGACAAGUAUGGCGUCGAGCCCACCGUCUACUUCGGAGUGGUGUUCUACAUCCCCAGUGUUACACAGCUGCAGCAGGAAAUCACGAGAUAUCAGUAUUAUCUACAGUUGAAGAAGGAUGUGCUGGAGGGCCGCAUCUCAUGCACUUUAGAACAAGCUAUCCAUUUGGCUAGCCUCGCCGUGCAAGCGGACUUUGGAGACUUUAAUCGCUACGAUUCCCAGGAUUUUCUCCAGAAGUUUGCGCUGUUCCCUAUCGACUGGAUCCAAGAUGAGCGAGUUCUGGAGGAGGCUACUCAGAAAGUGGCCCUUCUCUAUCAGUCUUACAGGGGUUUGUCGUCUCCAGAGGCCGAGAUGUUGUACAUGCAAGAGGUGGAGAAAAUGGAGGGCUACGGCCAGGAGAGCUACCAAGCCAAGGACAGCACGGGCUCGGAUGUGACGCUGGGCUCUUGCCUUGAUGGGAUCUUUGUGAAACAAAAAAAUGGCAGGGCUCUUCAUUUAUUCAGGUGGAAUGAAAUUAACAACAUGAGUCACAACAGGUCUUUCUUUGCCUUGGAGUUGCUCAACAGAGAGGAGAGUGUCCAGUUCCAGACCGAAGACAUGGAAACUUCCAAAUAUGUGUGUCGUAUGUGUCUGGCCAGACUCAAGUUUUAUAAGAUCAACAAGAGCAGCCUACAAACGCCGCCUGCAGUCAUCAACCCGGUCAGGCGUAGGUCGUCAACAAGAUUGUCCCUGCAGCCAAAGCCUCAGGGCUACAUGAUGCCCCCGCCACAAAUGCACUACAAUGGCCAUUUCACGGAGCCUUACACCUCAUCGCAAGACAACCUGUACAUGAACAGCCAGAAUGGUUACUACUACCACUCCCAGACCAGCUUGGACUGUCCACCUAUGGAGUACAGCAGCGGCGGGCGCUUGCGUAACGGCAGCGUGUAUAGCGCCCACAGUACCAGCUCCCUGACCAACCCCCAGCACUACCUCCAGCCCUCACCAAUGUCCUCCAACCCCUCAAUCACCAGCGACGUCACCCGGCCUGACUACGUGCCCUCGCAUCGCCAUAGCGCCCUCAUCCCGCCUUCUUACCGCGCCACUCCUGACUACGAGACUGUAAUGAGGCAGAAGAACCGAGGCGGCGGGGGGAUGCUCUUGUCCCAGGAGCACCGUCAGAGCCACUCCAUGAGGAACCUGAACAUCGGGCACUCGUACGCUUACAGCAGGCCGGACCCACUUGUUUACAGUCAGCCCGAGAUCAGGGGAGAGCAUGGUGGCGCCGCCCAGCACCACCACCACUAUCCCUUCCACAUGGGCUCCAGCUUUCACAGCCCAUCGCCAUACCACCCUUACCCCAUCGAGAGGAGACCUGUGGUGGGGGCGGUCAGUGUCCCGGAGCUCACCAACGUCCAGCUACAGCAAGCCCAAGAGUAUCCGGCCCCCAACAUCAUGAGGACGCAGGUGUACAGACCACCGCCGCCGUACCCGUACGCUCACCCUCGGCCCGCCAACAGCACGCCAGACCUGUCGCGCCACCUCUAUGUCAGCAGCAGCAACCCAGACCUGAUCAUCACACGUCGUGUGCACCACUCUGUCCAGACUUUCCAGGAAGACAGCUUGCCUGUGGCUCACUCCCUGCAAGAGGUUUCCGAGCCUCUUUUGAGCGGACCCGCGCACAGACCGGCUUACCACGCACAGAAGCGCAACUCCAUCGAAAUCGCCGGACUGGCACAGAGCCUCGAGGGGAUGCGGCUGAAAGAGCGGCACGUGUCCUCUUCGGCGGCCGAAGCUGCCACGCCUCCUCCGGCCCCGCGUGGAGGUCGAUCGCAGGGUUCCCAGCUCAAUGUGUUUUUGGAGCGGGCCAAGACAGAAGACAGGGGUGACACCAAGGACGUGCAGUAUGGACACAAGAAAUCCCUCUCCGACGCCACCAUGCUGGUGCACAGCAGUGGCGAUGAGGAGGAGUUUGAGGACAAUUUAGGGCGCCACACCCCGCUCUCUCAUGAUGCAAUAGCUGCCAUCAUCCCAGAGCAGCCUCUGCAUCACACCUUCACAGCUCCUCAACAACAGACUCCCCUGGAGCCCCCCCCUGCUUAUCCCAUCGGCUCGACUCUGGACCCCUCGCUAGCUGCCGCCCUCACCUACAAAGUACACCCCCUGAUUCACGAGACUGAGCCACUGUACCUGCGUGAGGUGCGGCAAGCCAGAAUUAUGCCCUCUGUGUCGGAGGGAGACCUGAGCGGCGAGGCCAAGACCAAGUCCAAGAAGGACUUCAAGAAGAGGCCCGUGUCUGACGUGCCUCAGGCCAAGAAGACCAUCGAAGGUUUACCUCCUCCAGGCAUGAAGAAGAGUGUGCGGUCGGAUGUGAGGAAGAUGGGGCCCCUGAAAGUUGCCAAUCUGAACGGCCUGUCAAUAUCCAGGCACCCGGCGCAGAGCGAUGUCAAGGACGAGCCUGAACAAGACUCUAAUGACGAGAGGUGCAAAGUCCUGGAGCGGCACAUGGAGAUGGGCGAGCUGCUGAAGGAGUACGAGAGCAUCCCCAAGUGUCGUCCGGCGGCUGAGUGCACAGUCGCCCAGAUGGCCGAGAGCGCAGACAAGAACCGCUUCCAGGACGUGCUGCCUUAUGAUGACACCCGUGUGGAGCUGGUGCCCACCAAGGAGAACAACACGGGCUACAUCAACGCAUCGCACAUUAAAAUCACCGUCGGAGGACAUGAGUGGAAUUACAUCGCCAGCCAGGGCCCUCUUUCCAACACAUGCCAGGACUUCUGGCAGAUGGUGUGGGAGCAGGGCGUCGCCAUCAUUGCCAUGGUUACUGCCGAAGAGGAGAGCGGGCGAGAGAAGAGCUUCCGCUACUGGCCUCGGCUUGGCUCGCGGCACAACACGGUGACGUACGGCCGCUUCAAGAUCACCACGCGCUUCCGCACCGAGUCGGGCUGCUACGCCACGACGGGGCUGAAGAUCAAAUACCUGCUGACGGGCCAGGAGAGGACCGUGUGGCACCUGCAAUACACAGACUGGCCAGACCACGGCUGUCCAGAGGAUUUAAAAGGCUUCCUCACCUACCUGGAGGAAAUCCAGUCGGUUCGGAGGCACACCAACAGCAUCAGUGACCCAAAGAACAGCAACCUGCCCGUACUGGUGCACUGCAGCGCCGGAGUGGGCCGCAGCGGCGUGGUCAUCCUGUCCGAGAUCAUGAUCGCCUGCCUGGAGCACAACGAGGUGCUGGAAAUUAAGACCGUGCUUAUGAAGCUACGCCAGCAGAGGAUGAUCAUGGUCCAGAACUUGUCCCAGUACACCUUCGUCUACAAGGUGCUGGUCCAGUACCUCCGCAACUCCCGCCUCAUCUGAGGACCCCCAAAGAUGUGCUUUGUGCUACUACUAGGCUGAUCCACCUCUCUCCUAAACAGUAUUAUAGGUUGUCUUUUUAUUUUUUUUACAUUGAUUAUUGCUGGAUGAAGCACUUUGAACAGUACUGUGUUGUACCACCCGAGUUGCGUCAAAUGACGACCAGUGUGACUUAUUGACAAAUGAAGGAAAAAGAACAGCAAAGAGAGAUUUUAUUUUUGUUUUAAACUUGAAGUUUUUUAAUUUAAACAUUUGAUCAAGUGCCUUCAGACUGUAUUUUUUAUUUUUUUUAAGACGAAGCAAAGUUUGAUUGCAGUGAAACAAAAGUGUUUGUGUGAUUUGUGUGUGUGUGUUGAAUUGUUACAACAAGGAGGUCAGUUACAAGCUUACACAUGCAUGAACAAUGACACUGUGUCUUUUAAAGUCCCGAAUUUGCUUCAGGUUUUCAGAUUUUUUCUUUUUUUUUUUUUUUUAUUUUAACACUGAUGGAGUCUUAGUGGAAGCCAGAGUGGCUUUCUUGUGGUUGUUUUGUCAAUGUCCAGGUGUUUGUUGAUAAUGUAUACUUACUGUACAAACUGUAUAAAGUCUAUCUAUGAUGCAAAAACUAAAUGCUGUGCCUUUUGAAAUGUAUUUAUAUAAGAGCAUAAAAAAUGUGACUACAGGGUUCUUACACAUUUAAGAUUUCAAAAUUCCAUGCCUUUUCCAGGCCCCAAUUUUCACACUUCUUGGUUAAAAAAAAAAAAAUCUAAUAACUUUUGAGUAAAUACAUGUGUAUCAUUCUGAGUCUUUAUAUCCCAUUAUGUCGCCCAAUAAUUUCCAGAAGAUUAUUGCUAGGUAAUGUAGCUCAUGCAAAUAAAGACCAAAGCAAGGUGACAAGACGACUGCUUUUUGCCCUGCAUGACUCACAACCGCUGCCUUCCCCAUGUUGAUGUCAAACCAUUUCACACAUUUAGUUUAGUUAAGUCUGUUUUGAAACUCUACUUUUAAACCCUAACCCUGUUUUGAAAGAAACCCUAAUUUAAAACCCCAAGUGCUGUUUUGAAACCCUAACAUGAAACUAACCCUUACUUACUUUGAGACCCUAACCCUGUUUUGAAACCCUAAAACUCUUUAAGCCCUAAUUUGAAGCCCAAACCCUGUUUUGAAAGUCUACUUUGAAACUCUAACCCUAUUAUAAAACCCUAAUUUAAAAUCCCUUGUUUAUAACCGACUUUGAAACCCUAAAACUCUCUUUAAACCCUAAUUUGAAACACUAACCUUUUUUUGAAACCCUAAUAUGAAACGCUACCCCUUGUUUUGAACUUACUUUGAAACCCUAACCCUGUUCUGAAACCAUAAAGUCUCUUGAAACCCUAAUAUGAAACUCUAACGCUUGUUUUGCACUUACUUUGAAACCCUAACCCUGUUUUGAAAACGUAAAACUGUCUUGAGACCCUAACUCUGUCUUGACUGGACGGCGCAGGGUAUCAUUCUAAAUAUUGAGGGUGAAGUGUUCGGUUCCUAUUUUGUCCGUUAUUGUGCCAGGAAGUGUCUCAGCUUUUUAAUCGUCUAUUAUGUUGUUUUCUUGGCGUUAAUUUCAGUUUUACGGAGUGAAGUCUUUGUGCUGUUCUGUCUCUUCAUUUUCCCCCUCAAAUUCCUCAGCAACAUCCCAGUCAUCAAAUUGUCAU